AUGCUCAUGCUGAUGCUACAAGGGAAGGUGGAAGAAGAACAGCGUCCACAUUUUGCUGGCCACCCUGUAGCUGUUGGGGACCCGCAUGGACAAAGUCCCAUGGAGGGGAAAGUGGGCGAGGAUGAAGAGCUACCACUGGAAGAGGAGUUGGUGGCACAGGAGCACAAGGCUGAUGAUGACAACACUGACCAUGAUUACCAAUCAUUAAUGAGAAAAUCCCUACCAACUAUCGCAGAAGCAUCAAAUGUGGAUUUACAUACUCCAGAUGAUAAGAAUGAGCAAAUACCUCAAAUGAAUGAGACUUGGUUUCCUUGUUCAACAUGCCAGGAACUAGUUAAUCUGUGUUCACUUAGGAACCACAAACAAUGCCACCGAGCUAAUAAAGUACUGGGCUGUAAGCCAGAGGACAAUCCAUCAAAUCUUCAUAUCCUCACAGUCCAAAAGGAGAAAAUGGUAUCUCGGAUUGGAAGCUCUUCAGAAUAUAAAUAUCGAGAACACCAGAAGAUUAAUCAAUCCUACGAAACACUAAAAGGAAAUCUGCUUUCUAUAGCACCAUAUAAUUGCAGAACAUGCAUGCCCUUUGAAGCUAGUUGCCAUGUUUAUGACAUGGGAGGAGACAGUAGCUUAAUAAAAUCUAUAGUAAUCUGUUCUGAUAAAAAUACUUCCUGGCAAAGUUGCAUGGAAGACUCAUUUACAGUUCAUAAUAACUAUGGGCAAAGGCCAAACACAUGUUUUGCUGGUAUAUUUGAUGGGUAUCACGGGAAUGUGGCAGCAAUCACUACAGCCACAGAGUUUCCUAUUUUACUGCUGGAUCAUAUUUCAGCCAUGGAUCCAUCUUACAAGUUGAAUGAAGAAGAAAAGCUCUUUAUCGGAUCCUUUGAUACUGUUUUUAAGGACAAUUAUAAAGAAACGGAGCAUAUUUUCUCCAUAGGGAACGAGAAAGAAACCAGAGAACCAGGUGUUGAAGGUAUACAGCUCGCCUAUGCUAAAGCUUUUUGGCGCAUGGAGAGACUAUUGAAGUUAGGAAGAGCAGAGAGUUCAAAGUCAAGAUGGAGUGGAUGUUCUGCCGUGACCUGUCUCUUAGAUGGAUUUAACAUAAUGGACCCCCAGAUGUCAACAGUUAAAGAUAAAAAAAGGCUUGGCAUGCUCCAUGUAGCAAAUAUUGGAAACAUUAAGGCGGUCUUAUGUAAAAAUGGGAAGAGUCACUGUCUUACUAGAGACCACAGUCCAGCAAAUGGUGAAGAAAGAAAACGAGUCUUGGAAUCUGGAGGAUCAGUUAGUUCUAAUGAAAGCUGUGGAUUAAUUGAAGGAUUCAGUAGAGUUACAAGGGGACUUGGUUUCCAUGGCGACCCCCAACUUAAGAAUUCAGUUAUCCCGGCCCCCUAUACCAUAUCCAUUCCAAUAUAUAACUCAUGCCAGUUCCUCAUCCUUGCCUCCAGUGGCUUGUGGGACGUUCUGAACAGCAGGGAAGUUGUAGCAAUGGCCCAGGAUCUAUUGACAACUUUCUUAAUGUACCCACAAGAUAGAAAUCGGGGCAGUAUACGAAUGGAGGAGGACUUUCCGUCAGAUGUCACACAAUAUGAUGAUCCCGAAACACCUGAAGAUCUCCAUGCUACUAGUGCGAAAGCUAAUUUUCUAGGUAACAGUUCAGAUAGAGCGGCAAAGGCAAAUAAUACAAGUCAGCUGUAUGAUACGGCAGCAGCUAGUGUUUGCAGGCAGAUAGUAAAGGCAGCGAUGUUGGCAGGAUCUCAACAAAACAUCACUGUGUGCCUCAUUCUUCUGCCCGGGUGUGAAAAGGCUACCAGUCCAGAGAAGUCGUCCAGUUGA